CGCAGGAGUACAUCCUGGAACAGUUGGUUUAGUUUUCAAGACGUGACGUUUUUGUGAAAUACAAAUAUAAAUCAAUUUCGCUAAAAUGAGGGAAGACAAACCCAGCCUGCUGCUCUCCUUCCACACUGAGCCCAAACAAGAGGAUUCUGAUUGUGAAAGUAAAGCUCAGGGGGCAUUGGGGGAUUCAGAGAGGACAUCAGUAAAACUGGAAGACAAAAGUCAAACGCUGGGACUGAAUGUUACUAUUAAAGAUGAAGAGGAGGAGAAGAAUGCGGUUAUCAUUAAUAAUGGAGAGGAAGAUUUACUCAUUCAAGAUGGGAUUCCUGAAGUGGAGACGCUUGGCGGGAAACAGGAAGAAUACAAGCAUAAGAAGUUUCCCCAUUUUGAAAAAAAAUUAUCAUCACUAUCACAGUUAAAAAGACACAUUAAUAUACUUACAGAUGAGAAGCCUUUCUGCUGUUCUGACUGUGGGAAGUGUUUCAUUAGAUCUUCUGAUUUGACUAAACAUCAGACAGUGCACACGGGUGAGAAACCUUUCUCUUGUUCUGACUGUGGGAAGAGUUUCUCUCAAUUAGGUAGCCUUAAACGUCACCAGCGCGUACAUACUGGAAAGAAGCCUUUCUGCUGUUCUGACUGUGGGAAGAGUUUCUCUCAAUUAGGUAGCCUUAAACGUCACCAGCGCGUACAUACUGGAGAGAAGCCUUACUCCUGUUCUGACUGUGGGAAGUGUUUCAUUAGAUCAUCUGAUUUUACUAAACAUCAGAGAGUGCACACGGGUGAGAAACCUUUCUCUUGUUCUGACUGUGGGAAGAGUUUCUCUCAAUUAGGUAGCCUUAAACGUCACCAGCGCGUACAUACUGGAAAGAAGCCUUUCUCCUGUUCUGACUGUGGGAAGAGUUUCUCUCAAUUAGGUCACCUUACAUUUCACCAGCGCAUACAUUCUGGUGAUAAGCCUUACUCCUGUUCUGACUGUGGGAAGUGUUUCUCUCGAUUAGGUAACCUUAAAGUUCACCAGCGCUUGCAUACUGGUGAUAAGCCUUACUCCUGUUCUGACUGUGGGAAGUGUUUUAUAAGAUCAUCUGAUUUUACUAAACAUCAGAGAGUGCACACGGGUGAGAAACUUUUCUCCUGUUCUGACUGUGGGAAGAGUUUCUCUCAAUUAGGUCACCUUAAUAUUCACCAGCGCUUGCAUACUGGUGAUAAGCCUUACUCCUGUUCUGACUGUGGGACGUGUUUUAUAAGAUCAUCGGAUUUUACUAAACAUCAGAGUGCACACGGGUGAGAAACCUUUCUCCUGUUCUGACAGUGGGAAGAGUUUCUCUCGAUUAGGUAUCCUUAAAAUUCACCGGCGCAUACAUCCUGGAGAGAAGCCUUACU